GAGAGUGUCUUCCCCACCACCUCCCAUUCUCCUGGACGAGAAGCUACCCGGGCCCCUAUACGGCCUUCCCGCCAUCAAACCCGACUCCACUCACUCGCAAACCCGCGCCGCGGACUAUCUGAGGAGCAAGACAACCCUUCGCCGCGAGCGAGCGCAGUUCGAGCUGGAGCUCUUCAGCCGGAAGGCGAUGUGGAACGCGGUCCUACCCAUUCAUUCUCUUCCUGCAGAGCUACUCCUGCACAUCUUCAAGCAAUUCGUGCCAGCGCUCCUUUUGGACGAGGAAUCGUCCGGAUGGCCUGAUGAAGAGCCUCAGCGCCCUUGGGGACGACUCAUGCGAGUAUGUCGCCACUGGUGCGCCCUCAUCAGGAACGCAGCCUUUUUCUGGAGGGACGUCAUCAUAUAUAAGGACACCAGGUGGUUCGACCUUGCAUUGAGCCGUUUGGGAAGUGCGCCUAUUUGUAUAACGCUCGCUCCCGGCUGCGACCUCGAAGGUGUCCUCGCAAUGCUUGAAACAAACACCGGCCGCAUCGGGGGCCUGGUAUUCGGAGAGGCAAUACGUGACGUGGAUGCUUCCCGUGUUGAGUCGUUUCUAUCCCUCUCUUUCCCUGCCCUGCGGAGCCUUGAAAUCACGAUGGACUUGACGGUCCGCCGUGCGUGCGCUAUAGGAGGCUGCUGCUCUGGCCUCGAACGGUUGCACCUCACACAAGCCUCACUACCUUGGACACCGUCGGUCCUAGCCAAUCUCAAGGACCUAUCCCUGACGGACUGCUGCCUGUCAAUGCCAGCGCUUCCCUUCCUCGCCUUUCUCGACGUACUCGAAUACGGGCAACGCCUUCAGCACCUCUACCUUUCGGGAUUCCUCUCAGCGGUGUUGGACCCCCAGACCUCUGCGCCUUACGAGCGUGUUGUCACGCUCCACGGAUUGAAGCACCUCGAACUCAGCGAUGUGCCGACCAAUGUUGCAAGGUUGAUGACGCACCUCCAUACUCCCGCUAUCUCGCACAUCGAACUUGUAGGAGACUGUGAUCGCAGCGUGCCUUCUAACGCACAUGCGUCCUUGCUUCCACAAGAUCUUGAUACUCGAUUCCCCGUCCUGCAGGACAUCACCUGCGUAUACUUUCUCGUCAAUGGCGAUGAGAACACCCUCUGUUUCUCUCACCCCGCUGGCACAUCCUUCGAACUACGUCUGUUCAAAAGUGACGUUAAAUGCUGGGGUAAGCCACAUUGGCUUGAGAAGGGGCUGUCCCAGCUCCCCGCGCUCUUCGGGCCUGCGUUGAUAGAGCUGGAAGUUUGCGGUGCGCUCAACAUCUCCCCCGCAUGCUGGGACCGCCUGUUUGACUCCUUCCCCGCGCUGCAAAAGCUCGUCAUGCACGAGUACAACUUUCACGGUAUCCCACUUGCCAUGCUCCGCUCCCUCGCCGCCCCUGCACACUCGGUACCGCAUGGUGCGGUCUAUACCGCCAUCGCCACCGGCACUGGCUGCGCUGGCCGCAUGCCAUUGCGCUGCCCUUCGCUAAGGCAUCUCAGGAUCAAUGGCUGGGAUUGGAGCCGGCGCGCAUUCCGCCAGAUCUUGGAGUGCCUGCGCGUGCGUGCCGCGCACGGCGCGGAGAGGUUGGAGUGCUUCGGUGCAGAUGCACACGAUUGGGACGAGGAAACGGUGACGCUCGCGGUGGUGGGCAAGUACCGGGCGCAAUUUCUCGUAGUCGUCGAUGCGUUCGAACUCGACGGGUGGCGCUACUAAGGAUAUAUAUCGGAGUCACAUGCAUAUAUUUCGAACAAACACUCCGUCUGAUAUCAUCCUUCCACGCCGUUUGCCCGCAUCGCCCCGCGCGCGCGGGAUCAUCGUUGACGCGUAGGUCGUUCAAGCGCUCCGAAAUUUCAGCAGGGCCCUAAACACCGCGAAGAACGCUCAUCACGGGUAGUGUCAGCUUUUAAUAAACGCGUCAGGUUGGCGAGUGGUCCGGUGGCGGCAAUCCGCGACACCGCGUCCACGUCCAGCUGGGCCUUCAGAGUGGCGGGAGACACUC